UUCAGACCCUUGUUUUGUUCCUCACAUGAUGUAAGCAUCUAGUGGGGCGUGGUCAGACAAGUUUUAGAUUUGCAGAAGUUGGACAAUAUCUGGUUUGUGGUUUAAAGUUCAAACGAUUAACGUCAUGCCAAGGAUAUAGUCUACAUUUUCUGCGGAAUCUGAACUACAGGCUUCAGGGAUGAUGGCAGAAAAUGAUGUAGUGGAGGACUGUCCGCUCAACGAGAAGUAUCCGAUUUCAACAGAGAAUGAAGAUGCUAAAACGAAGCGACAAGCUGGCAUCCCGCUCUCCAGGAAGCUGUGCUACGCGGUGGGAGGCGUUCCCUACCAGAUGACACUGAACGCUAAAGGUCUCUUCAUGCAGAUCUUCCUACUGGACGUGGUGCAGAUGGGUGCGUUCUAUGCCUCCAUCAUCCUCUUCCUGGGACGGGCCUGGGACGCCCUCACAGACCCCCUGGUGGGAUACCUCGUCAGCAGGAGCGGAAGGACACGCUUUGGCAAACUGAUACCUUGGAUCAUAUUCUCCAUGCCUCUGGGGGUGCUGUCCUACGUCAUGCUGUGGUUCACCCCCCAGGAAGUCACGUCUCCAGGAUUCAGCUUCUCCUGGUUCUUCACAUGGAACUGCCUCUUCGACCUGUUCAUGAGUUGCUCCCACGUUCCCUUCUCCUCUCUCAACAUGUUCCUGGGAGGAGACCAGAGGGACAGAGACUCUGCUACGAGCUACAGGAUGGGUAUGGAGGUUUUUGCUACCCUGGCCGUAGCCCUGAUCCAGGGUCAGAUCGUGGGAGUGUACCAUGCCAGGAAGGUCCUGGCCUGCAGCCAGAUCAACAGCAGCGACACCCUUCUCCUCCAGAACGCCUCCGACACUCUCACUGACACUCUGCAGAACACGAGGAGAGCCUAUGUCCUGGCUGCUCUGGUCCUGGCAGGGUUCUACUUCCUGUGUGUCCUGAUCCUCUUCCUGGGGGUCAAGGAGCAGCUGGCCCCCCUCAGCACGCUGGGCAGGGUCAGGAUGUCCUACCUGUCAGGGAUGAGGCUGGUGGUGGGACACACCCCCUACGUCCAGCUGGUGGCUGGCUUCCUGUUCAGCUCCAUCGCUUUCCAGAUGGCCCAGGGGAGUUUUGCUCUGUUCUGCACCCAUGUAGCAGGAGUAGGACAGUACUUCCAGCACAUCAUCCUCGUCCUGCUGGCGUCGGCCACAGUGAGCGUACCUCUGUGGCAGGCGGUGCUGCUGAGACUGGGCAAGAAGACCACCCUCUUCAUCGGCCUCUCUAUCUAUGGGCCCGCCAUCGGAGUCUUUGCCAGUGUGAAUAACAACCUUCCUGUGUUCUUCAUCAUGGCUGUGUUUGCCGGGGGCAGCUUGGCUGUGCUUUACCUGCUGCCCUGGUCCAUGCUCCCUGACGUGGUAGAUGACUUCAAGGUGCAGAACCCCACCAGCACUGGCCUGGAACCCCUCUUCUUCUCCUGCUUUGUGUUCUUCAACAAGUUUGGAGGAGGACUGGCUGUGGGCAUCUCCACCUUGGUGCUGCACUACGCAGGGUACCAGUCUGGGGCGUGCAGACAGCCCCCUGAGGUGAUCAUGUCUCUGAGGGUGCUGUUCUCCCCGGUGCCCAUCGUCCUGCUGCUGGUGGGUCUGGGCCUCUUCUACUGCUACCCCGUCAAUGAGGAGCGCCGCUCACGCAACCAGAGAGCCCUGCUGGCAGCCGUGGGGAAAAAUGGUGGCUCUGGGGAGGCCCGAUAGAGAAGACAGUGCUGCUACCACAACUGUUAAGACAUGUUCACCUCUUCUUCUGUGCCUUCUGUUCUCUCUCUCUCUCUCUCUCUCUCUCUCUCUCUCUCUCUCUCUCUCUCUCUCUCUCUCUCUCUCUCUCUCUCUCUCUCUCUCUCCCACAUUUCCCUCUCUCCUAAACAGCUUCAACUAAUCAUAAAUAUAUAUAUAUAUAAAAAUAUAUCAGUUGAGAGAAAGGGUUUUGUUGAUGUUUUCAUUCUUUAAUUCAGUUACCUCAGGGGCAGAGAUGGGAAGUAAUGAAGUACAAAUACUUAGUUACUGUACUUAAGUACAUAUUUACUUUCACUCCUUAAAUUUUUUACAAAAAAAAAUAUGUACUUUCUACUUCAUACAUUUUCAAGCCAGGCUUGUUACUUUCAUUUUAAUCUGUAUUUGGUGGCAUGAUCCAUACUAUUUCUUCUCAUUACCAAAAAAAAACUCAUCUCCUUUAAAUGUGUGUGUGUGAAAAAAGGUUUUGAUACAAUAUUUUUCAAAAGUAGAAAAAAUAUUUUUGAAAAAGUCCUCCUCACUGUGUUUGAAAAAAAGUUUUGGAAAAAAGUUUCAAAAGGUUGAAAAAAUUAUUCAUUACAAAGUUUCUAAACAAACAUUUGCCUCAUUGAUAAGUACUUCAUGAGGACUCUAUUGUACUCUAUUGUGCUCUAUUGUGCUCUACUGUACUCUAUUGUGCUCUACUGUACUCUAUUGUGCUCUACUGUACUCUAUUGUGCUCUGCUCUGAUUAAGUCCUCUGUUUUAAGGCUUCUCUGUUCUCCUCUCACUGUGUGAAAAAAAAAGUUUCAAAAGGUUGAUUUUCUUUUUAUCAAAAUAAAGCCCUUUCCUUUCCGGAUGUAUU